UUCCUGAAACAGAAUCGAUAAACCCAUGUGGGUUCUGUUUGUCCUCUUUGAAACCAGCAACCAGAAUCUCUCACUUUCUCAGGGUUACACAUCAAUUCACGCCUCCCCUCAUAAAAUAUUUUUUCUUCCAUCUGGGUUUGGGGGACCAUAUGUACCUCUGCAGUCUACACUCGCACCUUCUCCAAUUAAUGGGAAAACAAACAUUUCCUGAAAAUAUUUAAAACCAAUUUAAUCACACCCACCUCUCACCUCUCUCUCUCUCUCUCUCUCUCUCAAUCUUUUUAUGCAAAUCCUCGCCUCUCCUUCAAGCAAAGCAGCUCUAACUUUUUUUUCUCUUUCUUUUACUUUUGUCUUUCUCUUCGCUUUUUCAGUUUUUCUCCUUUACGGUUUCUGGGUUUCUGUGUGUUCCUUGAGAUCUGCUUCAAAUGGGUUGUUCCCAAGGUAGCUGCAUUGACUGUAACGACGCUCUGAAUGGCUCAACUGGUACGAAACUCAAGGUGACUCCUGCUUCUUUCUUUGUAGAGGAUGAAUUUGAUGAUAACGAACCCGAAACGAGGAUUAAGCUCUGUAAAAGAAAAAUGAUUUGGGAGCUUGGUUUGGGUUGUGUUCUUCCCAUACGAAGGCGUGUUAGUCGUCAAAAGGAUCAAAACCAAGGGAGAAAAGAUAAUGGUAAUUGUUCAGAGAAUAACAAAGCUUGGCUUCUCGCCGAGUCCGGUGGUCUCGGUCCUGAACUCACGAACACAGACCCACAAUCUGUCCAUUCUUCUUUCAGGUUCAGUUUUGGUUCGCAGGUGGACAUAGAAGGGCUGAGCAGGUCUUCCUCUACUUCAGCUGCUACUGUUCUUAUGGUGAAUUUGAGUACUAGUUUGUCAGAGUCUCAAUCUCACGACAAGAAAUGGCGAAGACUAGAGUCUUUGGAGAGGAGUAUCUCUCCCGUAGUCGAUACACUUGUGAGAUUCAGUUACGGGGAAAUCCGGGCAGCCACACGGGAUUUCUCCAAAGGAAGAGUAUUGGGGAGAGGAGCAUUAAGCUGUGUUUUCAGAGGGAGAGUUGGGUUUCUUAGAACUUCAGUUGCAAUCAAACGGUUAGACAAGGAAGAUAAGGAGUCAACUAAGGCUUUCUGCAGGGAAUUGAUGAUUGCUAGUUCUCUCCAUAAUCGAAAUGUCGUUCCACUUGUGGGGUUCUGUAUUGAUCCAGAGGAGGGUCUGUUCUUGGUUUACCAAUAUGUCUCUGGAGGAAGCUUAGAGCACUACUUGCAUGCAAAGAAGAGAGGAGUCAAGGGUAGUUCUUCUCUUCCAUGGUCUGUGAGAUUUAAGGUCGCGGUUGGAAUUGCAGAAGCUGUUGCUUACCUACACAACGGGACUGAAAAAUGUGUUGUUCAUAGAGACAUUAAACCCUCUAAUAUCCUUCUCUCUUCCAAGAAGACACCCAAGCUAUGCGACUUUGGAUUAGCUACAUGGACCUCUGGACCUUCAGUUCCUUUCCUCUGCAAAACUGUCAAAGGAACUUUCGGUUAUUUGGCUCCUGAGUAUUUCCAACACGGCAAACUCUCCGAUAAGACAGACGUUUAUGCAUUUGGGGUGGUUCUCUUGGAGCUAAUAACUGGCCGGAAACCGAUUGAGGCCAAAAGACCGCCCGGAGAUGAAAACUUGGUCUUAUGGGCAAAGCCACUCUUGCAACAAGGAGGACCAAUCAGGGAGUUGCUUGAUCCAAGGAUCAAACUUGGCCAACGUGAUUCAAAUCAAUUGACGCAGAUGAUUCAAGCUGCGGCUGCCUGCAUCGAAAGUGAAGAAUCCAAGAGGCCUAGCAUCAAUCAGGUUGUUGCGAUUCUGCUAGGUGAUGAUAAUUAUAGCUCAAACAAGAAUGUAUCAGCUUUUUCGGGGAAUGGUUGUGUUGUUGAUUGUUAUCCUCAUCUACAACAGACAAAGAGUGAAAUGAGAAGUCACUUUGCUCUCGCCAUGUUAGGGGUUACAGACCUUGAAGAAGAUGACCACCUAUAUCGUAGAUGAAGCAGGACAGUUGUAUUUUUUUCCUUUUCUGCUUUCCAUUAAUGUUUUUCCUGCCAUCUUUUUCCUUUUAUCAUGUUGCCUGCAUGAAGGGGAAAGAAAUGGAGAGGGAUUUAGUGAGAGUGGAUACAAGAGGAGUGAAAACUUGUAAAUAG